AUGUCCUUCCAGACUCAAGAAUGCUUCAAGGCGCGAUUCGAGCAGAACGAUGGCUUGUUCACGACCGAGGAAGACUUGAAUCGGGCUCGAUCCGAUUGCAUGAAAUGCUCGUCGGUGACAUUCAGCAAUCUACAACAAGCGUUGAAUACAUUCAAAGUGCGAGAGGCGAAAGCCCUAGAUCUCAGCGCCAAGGUCGAAGCUGGGAUGCGUUAUUUAUUGGAUGACGGGGAUCUCCUAGCGGAUCACGAGAGUGCUCGUUGGAAUUGUGGGAUGAGCCAGAUGAGAUACGAGUCUUUAUUGUUGAACGGUGAUCUCGCCGCGAAACAAAAGAUAGACGCUUGCACCUUCAGAAAUUCUGUAAGAGGGAAGUGGUAUGUAGAAAAACAAAGACUCAUCAGAGAGAGUGUCAUCGAGGUGGCACAAAGUCUCAGAGACAGACCCAUGCUCUUGAAGGAUCUCAGAAUUGUCUUCGCUCUUCAUCUCAAUUCAACUGCGCUCGACAAAUACAUCGACUGCACCGCGCGGAACUUGGAUCUCAGCGUACAGGGCCCUUUCCAUGAUGGAUCGAUACAAGUGGACUGCAGUGUCUCGGGCCCAUCGAAAAGCGCGGGCGGAAAUUCCUGCGUGGCUCGGGCCUUACAAGCUCGGAACGCUGAGGAGGUCGAAGCAAUGGUGGACGACAUUUUCAACGAGAAGAAACAAGGAAGUGCGGUAUUUGGCUCUUUCGCCAAGUUCGUCAAUGUUCGCAAACAGCGGAAAAACCAGAUAGACGUAAGUGAGGGAUACACGAUUAUGAUAGCACCUGAGCUAUUGAGGUAA